CCGUUGCGGGGCGCUUCCGGUGAGAGUAGCAAGAUGGCGGCGCCCAUAUCCCUGCAGCUGGAGUUUGGAGGUGGCGCGGAGCUGCUGUUUAACGGGAUCAAGAAACAUCAGGUGACCCUGCCUAGCCGGGCAGAUCCUUGGGACAUGAAGCAUUUGCUGGAGUGGAUCAAAGAUCAUUUGCUGAAGGAACGUCCUGAAUUGUUUAUUCAAGGAGAUACAGUGAGGCCGGGGAUUCUUGUUCUUGUUAAUGACGCAGACUGGGAGCUGAUGGGUGAGUUGGAUUACAAACUGCAAGACCAAGACAACAUUGUAUUCAUCUCCACAUUACACGGAGGAUAGUGAAGACCUUGUGAUUUGCUCUAAUCCAAUCAUGAUGUUCCAAGUGGGGAGGGGAUUUUCACGGUGUCUUCAUCAUCUCCAGUGGCGGUUGCUUGAAAAGUGACUUCACUUCUGAAAAGGACACGUCUACAUACCACCCCGGCAGCCAGCCGCUGUGUUAAUAGGUCAGAGCCAUCCGUUUGGUGACAUGUGGGACAUCUCAUUUACUGGCGGCCUUCUACCAUAUGUCAGUUUUACACCUGGAUUAAAAUGUUAUUUUUGCUACCAGUUAUAAUU